GAUUUUAUACGCUUCCGUUGUGUUUUGUUCCGUGCUUCCCCAACAAAGUGUUAUUGGAGCUUGAUUAUUUUUGGUUGGCUUCUUGUGUUUUUUAUGAUGGAUGACAAAGUAAUUGUUCAAGGAAUGGUUAGUUUGGACUCUACGAAUUAUUCAAUUUGGAAAAUUCGUAUUGAGGAUUAUUUAUGGUCUAAAGAUUUGCUUGACCCAAUUUUGUAUAAAGAACGUCCAACAGGUGUUGAUGAGAAAGCUUGGACUACCUUGAACCGGAAAGCUAUUGCAUCAAUAAGACAAUAUGUUUCUUUAAGUGUGUUGCAACAUGUUGCUAAUGAAACCAAUGCUUUUGAGAUGUGGAAGAAACUUAAAUCCAUGUACGAGAGGAACAAUGCUAUGGGAAAAGCUUCUUUGAUUAGGAAGCUUGUUAAAUUGCAAUACAAAGAUGGUGAUAGCAUUGUGGUUCACAUGAACGAGUUUCAAAGUGUGGUAAACCAACUAGCCGGAAUGAAGAUGAAAUUGGAGGAUGAACUUCAAGCUUUGUUGUUGCUUUCCUCAUUGCCCGACAGUUGGGAUACAUUGGUGGUUUCACUUAGCAACUCUGCUCCGGAUGGCAAGAUGACUAUGGAGAUGGUCAAGGCUAGUCUUUUGAAUGAAGAGGCUAGGAGAAAAGAAUCAGGUUACCCUAGCCAAGCCGAAGCAAAUAUGUGGAAGAAACUUGAAUCCAUGUACGAGAGGAACAAUGCUAUGGGAAAAGCUUCUUUGAUUAGGAAGCUUGUUAAAUUGCAAUACAAAGAUGGUGAUAGCAUUGUGGUUCACAUGAACGAGUUUCAAGGUGUGGUAAACCAACUAGCCGGAAUGAAGAUGAAAUUGGAGGAUGAACUUCAAGCUUUGUUGUUGCUUUCCUCAUUGCCCGACAGUUGGGAUACAUUGGUGGUUUCACUUAGCAACUCUGCUCCGGAUGGCAAGAUGACUAUGGAGAUGGUCAAGGCUAGUCUUUUGAAUGAAGAGGCUAGGAGAAAAGAAUCAGGUUACCCUAGCCAAGCCGAAGCAAAUGUGAUUCCAGAAUCCAGCAGGGGGAGAAGCAAGAGCAGAAAUCCUCACCAUAGAGACAAGUCCAAGGGGAGAUCAAAAUCCAGAAAAAGAAAUUUUAUUUGCCAUUAUUGUCAGAAGCCGGGUCACAUUGAGAGAUUCUGCAGAAAGAAAAAGAGGGACAUGUCUAGGGAGAGAAAAGAUAAAAAUGAGAAUUCCGAGCAGAAGCCAGAAGAGAAGAACACUACAGCCUUGGCAUCUAGUGAUGAUGAUUUAUUUGUUAUCGGUGAUCAUGGACUAUUAAAUGUAGCCUGUAAUGACUGCACCUGGGUGAUUGAUUCAGGUGCAUCUUAUCAUAUUACUUCACACAGGGAGUACUUCUCAUCCUAUACUAGUGGUGACUUUGGCCACGUGAGGAUGGGAAAUGAUGGUUCGCCUAAGAUCAUCGGUAUGGGUGAUGUUUGUUUAGAGACUUCCACUGGUUGCAGGUUGGUGCUCAGGGAUGUGAGGCACGUCCCCGAUAUCAGAUUGAGUUUGAUUUCAGCUGGUUUGCUUGAUGAUGAAGGUUAUGCCAACAACUUUUGUGAUGGAAGAUGGAAACUCUCUAAGGGCACCUUGAUUAUGGCUCGAGGUAAGAAGCAGAAUUCACUUUAUGUUAUGCAAGCCAGAACUAUUGAAGAUUGUGAGAAGAAGCAGGCAAAUCCUUCUCCAUGCAUCACAGUUGAUCCAGUUCCAUCUCUUCCUCCUGUUGUAGUCCCUCAAGAUCAUGGGGGAGAUAUGCAUGAUCAUACAGUUGAGUCCCAUGCAGAUGACCAUCAUGAUGAUGGGGGUGAUGGUGUUCCAGAGUCACAGCCACAUUAAGAUCCGCCACCAGCACCUCAGUUGAGAAGAUCCACCAGAGUCAGAAAACCUUCCACAAGACUUUCAGAGGAUGAUUUUGUAGAUAAGAGAGCAAAAAGAAGUGGAGAAGCACUGAGGGCUGGCAGUAGCUAAACGCAGGAAAGAGGAAGAAAAAGAAGAUUUCCGCCACUCUCUACAGCAGCAACUUUUCACCUCCGGAUCGAAGGCCAAACAAAGUCGGAUCGUGCUCAAAUUUUAGUAUGUUGUUCCUCACAUACUCCUCUUCAAAUCCAACGGUCAGAUUCUCAUUUUGAUGCCCGGAAGGCUAUUUUCGAGCUGCGUUUUCAGACCUGCGUUUUUGGGAGUUUUU